AUGUAUGCACGUACUGAUAACAUGUUGUACUUGGCGAUUAUUGUAGGUCUUAUAGGUAUCUUGCUUGCUGCUUGCCCUGCAAAAUGGCUACACCAUGGGUCUUCGUGUUAUUUGUUUAGUACUGAUGCACAUGAAUGGACAAUAGCUAGAGAUGUUUGUCAGGAAUAUGAUGGAGGCUAUUUGGCGGAGUUAGAAACGAAGGAUGAAUCAGACUACCUAGAAACCUUGGCAAAACAGACGGGUAAAAAUUUCUGGUUAGGUGGCAAAGAUGAAGUUGAAGGCCAUUGGAAAUGGGUAACCAGUGGCAAGAACUUUACGUACACUGACUGGCAUCCGGGUGAACCAAACAAUUUACACCAUGACGAAGAUUGUUUACAUUUGUUUGGUUCACAAGGUUAUCAAUGGAAUGAUUUUCAAUGUGAUGUUCUUCAAAACUACAUUUGUGAAGCAGGAUUUAAAAUUGCAGGACCAUUGAUCCCAGAUAUUGGUUUAGCUGGAAAAAAAUGA